GGAUGAUAAUGAUAAUACUAGAGAAGGAGGAAGUGAUUUGCAGCCAUCAUCAUCAGCUGAUGAUGAGGACAUGGAUUGGGAGACCAGUUGCGGUAUCGGUAAUUGGCGGCCAAAAUGGUUGCAACGAUUUGCUUCAACCAAAUGGUUUUUGAUUGUCUUCUCGAUUGUGGCUAUACUUCAGGGCGGAUACUUUACAUACCUUAUCGGAUGCAUAUCGACACUUGAAAAACGUUUUGCAUUUGAAAGCAAAAUAUCCGGUUUCAUACUAAUUGCCGAUAAUUUAAGUCAAAUGGUUGUCAGUCCUAUUAUCGGAUACCUGGGCGGCAAAUACAAUCGUUCGCGUUUGAUAGCUGCCGGCAAUCUAAUAGUAGCCCUGUCCUGUCUGAUGAAUGUAGUUCCCUAUAUGAUGUACGGUCCAGGUUUGCAUCUACUGUCCAAUACUAAUAGUAUAUCAAAUACUACACAACAACACGAAGUUUGUUCAGACGAUAAUCUAGACCCGGACUGUUCAGCUGGCAAUCAAAAUACGGUUAUGUCGGCCGUUAUCAUACUAUGGUUGGCUAGUUUUGCCAAUGGUUUAGGUUAUACUGCUUUCUAUACGAUUGGUUUGCCAUAUAUUGAUGAUAAUGUCCAGAAAAAGAACUCUCCAAUGUAUUUAAGUACAACCGCAACACUUAGACUAUGUGGUCCGACACUGGGAUUUUUGCUUAGCUCCAUAUCCCUGGCCAUGUAUGAGGAUCCGUUUUAUGAUCCAAAAAUUAGUCGAAAUGAUCCUCGAUGGAUAGGUGCUUGGUGGGUCGGUUUUCUAGUACUAGGAGUAUUGAUAUUAAUUUUUACGAUACCAAUGUUUUUAUUUCCUAAACGAUUUAAAAUUCAUACUAAAAAAUCAAAUUCAAAUGUUAAUAAUAAAUCAAUAGAAAUCAAUAAUAAAACAGAUGAUCAACAAACCAUUAGUGAAAAGAAAAAUGUCAAACUGGCAUUGAAACGAUUGGCCAAAAAUCCGAUUCUAAUAUUUCACGCUUUGACCGGAAUUUUCCGAAUAUUCGGAUAUCUCGGGUAUUAUAUAUUUAAGCCAAAGUAUAUGGAAUUACAAUACAGACAGUCAGCUUCGGGCGCCAGCUUUUUCACCGGCUCAACAAGUGUACUAAUAAUGGCUGUCGGCAUAAUGGGCGGCGGACUAUUGCUGACAUAUUUUAGACCCAAAACUAGACCACUGGUGCUUAUUAUGUUUGUGGUCGAACUGGUGGCCAGUUGUAUGAUUUUUUCGGGUAUAUUUUUAGGCUGUCCUGCACCUCAAUUUCCAACAUCAACUAUUGUAGGCAACAGUAUGAUUCUUGAUUCACCCGAUUUGUGUAACCAUGACUGCGGGUGCUCUACGCGUGUCUAUCAACCGAUUUGUUCAUCCGAUGGUCUCAAUGCCUACUUUUCUCCGUGUUAUGCCGGAUGCAAAACAGUAGACACAACUACUGAUCCAAUUACAUACGGCGAUUGCAAUUGUAUCCGAAAUACAUUGUCAAAUACAGCCACAUCGGGCUAUUGUCCGACCGAUUGCAAUCAGUUUCCCUUAUUUAUAAUACUACUAACAAUGGCCAGUUUGUGUUCAUCAACUAUACGCACCGGUAACACACUUAUCACACUCAGAUGUGUUGACCCACAGGACAAAAGUUUUGCGAUGGGAAUUAUCGGCAGUUUUUUUGCAGUUUUCGCUUUUAUUCCCUAUCCGUUAAUAUUUGGAGCCAUAAUUGAUUCUACAUGUCUUGUAUGGGAAGAAUCUUGUGGUAAAACUGGUAACUGUUGGCUCUAUGAUAUCGACAAGUUUAGAGUAUACUUACAUUCAGCCGCUUUUGGAUUCAUGUUAUUGGGAUCACUGUUUGAUAUCGGAGUCAUUGUAUACUCAGAUAGACUAAAGAAUCUAUUGGAUGAUGAAGAAGAAGAUGAAGAUAAUGAUGACAAAAACGGUGGUAAAGGUGUUGUUAUCAAUAAUGAGAUACAAUUGGUAGAUCAAACCGGCAGAGAUGGUCAAAACAAAAAUGGCAAUAAUUAACAAAUUAGCAGUUAUUAUAAAUUAAUUG